AUGUCUUUCCUGGAACAAAUUAACCGCAUGAACGAGGACUUACGAGAACCAAAAGAACAACUGAAGCAACUUAAGGAACUGGACCUUUUCGUUUUGGACAAUUCCCUCCGAGAAAGCACUGUGGGACAGCUCCGAGGCCAUACUGUCGAAAACAAAUGGAAAAUAUACAAUGAGGUGAGCCAGUCCCAUCUGAAUAUUUCUUAUGAUUACUCUAUAACUGAAUAAAAUUUGUAGACUGGAAGAGUGUGAUAUGAUGUUCACUUGGCUAAGGACUUCAACUUAAUCUGUUUCUUUUCUUCUCUUCCCCCUCCAUUUCGUUAGUUUUCUGAAUCUGCCUCUUGCUCCUCCUCUUCUUGCCUUUCCUCAUUUACCUUUCCCUUCUUGUCUCCCGUUCUCUUUUUCUGUUCCUUAUCUAUUCUUUUUUCCCUCCUAAAGCCCCUCUUUCCCUUUUUCUCUCUUCUACUCCACCUCCUUAAGCUCUCCUUCUCAUUCUACCGCCUCUCAAUAGCCGCCCCGAUACUCCUUUCUCUUCUACUUAAUUCUCCCAGUCUCCUUCAACCCUUUGUCUCUUCUUCUACACUUUUCUUCUUAUCCUCUUGCUAAUCCACGUUCUGAUUCAUCUUCUCCUUAUUCUGCUCCUUUUUCUCCUCUUAUCUUCCUCCCUCAGCUUCCCUGCCCUCUCUUCUCCUCCUACCCCCUCUUCAUGUCUCACACUCUUCACUUCCUCCGUCCCCACCCUUAUUUUUCACCUUUUCCUCCAUUACCUUCUCUUUCUCCUUCUUCUGCAUCUGUUUCUUCUUCGUCUCCACCAGUCACUUCUAAUCGAUCUCCUUUUGUUUAUCCAUAUUCCUCUCCUCGUCUCUCUUCUGUCACUCUUGCCCACUAAUUCUUCCCACCCUUCUCCCAGAAACUAACCUUACAAAAAAAAUAUAUAGGAACGCCCUAACUCCCCAUUUUUUUGUUUCGUUAUUAUUCAUCUAUAGGUGAAAAAAGUAGGCUUCCAGAAUAUCAUCGUCGCAUCGUUUAACCACAUGACCCGCCUGGGGGACACAUUCUGCCGUCAACUUAAAGAAAAAGGAGAAGACUUCAGUAAAUUUUUUGCCUUCACGGAGUUCAUUGAAUCUGUCGACAAAGAUAGAGCUCCCGAUACAGCAACUGUUCCCAUUGGUUUCAAAAAGAUGAAAGAGUAUGGCAUCAAACAUGCCAUUAUUGAGGUUGACUUAGUCUACGGUGGCAUCGAUUACAAAAAGUUUCUUCCUGAAGAUAUCAACAACCUUCUUUCUGAUCGAAUGAGGUGGGUGAGAGAAAAUCUUUCCAAGGAUUCUCGCAUAAUUAUCAACCUACGAGACUUUCCAGAGAGUAUGCUGAGGAAGCCUGAACAAAUUUUCCAAGUGGUCCAUUACUUGUCCUCUUUGCCCCCAAGUGAGCGUCCCUUUGGUUUGAUGUACGAAGAACCAACUGGCAAGUCCAUGCCACAUGAACUCGCUGCCUGGACGGCGGCAGUUCGUAGAGAGAUGGAAGAUUGUUGCUGGAAGGAAGGUAAGCUAUUGGUGCAUGUCCACGAGCAAUGGGGAAUGGCUGACUGCACCGUGUUGGAGUGUCUUGCCAAGGGAGCAGAUGGUAUAUGGGCUAGUUUGAUUAAAGAAGGUUCCGCCAUUGGUCACGCUUCCUCCAGCGUGACCAUAAUGAACUUGGUUCGUCUUGGAAAUGAAAAGGUUCUGCAACAGUUUAACUGUACGUACCUUCGUAAAGCCGCUCAAGAGAUCACUAGGGUCACAACUGGGUUUGAACCUCAUUCAACACAGAUUGUGUAUGGUGAGAGAGCCCUUGAUAUGGUUCUCGGAUUUCCCCAUCUGCAGCCAGACAAGCAAGAAUUUGAUGUUGCCAAGUUCUUUGGAGAAGAGCCCCCAAUGCGAAUAACUACCGUGGCCACACCUAAAAUGAUCGCUGAAAGACUAAAACAUUUGUUCGGAGAGGAUCCCCAGUUCACGGAGGAAAUAGGCAUGACAAUGAAGGAGGUCAUGCUGGAAGAUCUGCACAACAAUAGGAAAGAGGAAUACAUGAGCGAAGUUGGUCUUGCAGUUCUAUUUGACCGGUCUGGUGGCCAAAUAACCGCCAAGAUGAGCGACGUGAUUGCAGCAGAUGUUCCAAACGAGGCUCACGCUCAAAGACUGAUCAACGAAAUUCGGCAAAUGUGGGAUGAGUGGGAUCUUAGAGAGGAAUCAAAAGGAGAUGACGAGCUUGAGUUCGAUUCAUUUUACAACGGCUUUAUGGCGCCCUACUUUGGCUGCUAUAGGUGCGAUGACACAAGACGCGCACUGAAGGCCAUUGAUAUGGAUGAAGACGGCAGAGUGGAUUGGAAUGAGUUUGCACUCUACCUCAAGUGGGCCAUUCGUCAGUAUCCUCAAACAAAGACCGCAGAGGAGCUCCUUUCCAUUGCUUUUCGCAAGGGCAUCAUUCCAGCCAUGCAGGACGUGGUCAUCUUGCAAAACACGGAAAAAAGAAUCAUUCCCGAAAGACCUAGACAAAAACAAAAGGUUAAAAAG